AUGGCGGACGAAGUUUACGAAGGUGCCAUUGGCAUCGAUCUUGGUACCACCUACUCUUGCGUCGCUGUCUACGAAGGCACCAAUGUCGAAAUCAUCGCCAACGAGCAGGGUAGCUUUACCACUCCCUCCUUCGUCUCCUUCACCGACGAAGAGCGUCUCAUCGGUGAGGCCGCCAAAAACCAGGCGGCAAUGAACCCAGAGAACACGGUCUUCGAUGUCAAGCGAUUGAUCGGAAGACGCUUCGAUGACCCCACCGUCAAGAAGGAUAUCGAAUCAUGGCCAUUCAAGAUUGUCGACCAAGGUGGCAACCCUAUGGUCCAGGUCGAGUACCUGAAGGAGACCAAGACAUUCUCACCUCAAGAAAUCUCUUCGAUGGUCCUCACAAAGAUGAAGGAGGUCGCAGAGACCAAGCUCGGCAAGAAAGUCUCAAAAGCCGUCGUCACCGUCCCAGCCUACUUCAACGACAAUCAGAGACAAGCUACCAAGGAUGCUGGCGCCAUUGCUGGCCUCAAUGUCCUCCGUAUCAUCAACGAACCUACGGCCGCCGCUAUUGCCUACGGUCUCGGCUCAGGCAAAUCCGACAAGGAGCGAAACGUCCUGAUCUACGAUCUCGGCGGCGGUACUUUCGAUGUCUCACUCCUGAACAUCCAAGGCGGCGUCUUCACAGUCAAGGCCACCGCAGGCGACACCCACUUGGGCGGUCAAGACUUCGACACCAACCUUCUCGAGCACUUCAAGAAGGAAUUCCAACGAAAAACAAAGAAGGACAUGUCUGGUGAUGCCCGUGCUCUUCGAAGACUGCGUACCGCCUGCGAACGUGCCAAGAGAACUCUGUCAAACGGAACACAAACCACGGUUGAGAUCGACUCGUUAUUCGACGGCGAAGAUUUCAAUGCUCAGAUCACUCGCGCCCGUUUCGAGGACUUGAAUGCCAAGAUCUUCAACGGCACUCUUGAGCCUGUUCAGCAGGUUCUCAAGGAUGCUGGCAUUGACAAGUCCAAGGUUGACGAGAUUGUCCUUGUUGGUGGCUCUACCCGUAUUCCCCGAAUCCAGAAACUGCUGAGCGACUUCUUCGAUGGAAAGAAGCUGGAGAAGAGCAUCAACCCCGAUGAGGCCGUCGCUUAUGGCGCUGCCGUUCAGGCCGGUAUCCUCUCCGGCAAAGCCACCUCAGCCGAGACCGCUGAUCUCCUGCUUCUCGACGUCGUCCCGCUCUCACUAGGUGUAGCAAUGGAAGGGGGGAUCUUCGCUCCAGUUGUUCCUCGCGGUCAAACAGUGCCUACCAUAAAGAAACGGACCUUCACCACCGUGGUUGACAACCAACAAACCGUCCAGUUUCCGGUGUAUCAAGGAGAACGCACCAAUUGUGAAGACAAUACUUCUCUGGGCGAAUUUACCUUAUCACCAAUACCCCCGAUGCGAGCCGGGGAAGCUGCCUUGGAAGUAGUCUUUGAAGUCGACGUCAAUGGGAUCCUCAAGGUCACCGCCACCGAGAAAUCCUCCGGCCGAUCCGCAAAUAUCACGAUCUCCAACGCCGUCGGCAAGCUUUCCACCACUGAAAUCGAGAAGAUGGUUGAGGAUGCUGCCAAGUUCAAGACUAGCGACGAGGCCUUCACCAAGAAGUUCGAGGCGAAGCAACAGCUUGAGUCUUACAUCGGUCGGGUUGAGGAGUUGAUCAACGACCCUGGUCUGUCGAUGAAGAUGAAGCGUGGCAACAAGGCCAAGAUCGAAGAGGCGUUGUCGGAUGCUAUGCAACAGCUCGAGGUGGAGGAUUCAUCUCCUGAUGACCUGAAGAAGAAAGAACUGGCACUGAAGAGAGCUAUGACAAAGGCUAUGGCCACGAGGUAA